ACAAAUUAAAUUUUUUUAUAAACUUAGUUUGAAUAGUGCAAUGAUAUAUAGUUUUGAAUUGUAUAUUCAUCAAGAUGGAGGAUUAAACAGUGAAAUCUUAGGGGACCAUGUUGAAAAGUUGUAAUUGUGUGAUGUUUUCAUAAACAAUAUCAAAUGAGAAUGAUUGCAUCUUAAUGUUCAUUCACUGUAGAAUAUGAUACAACCAUCAAAUUUUCGACUGGAUACAAGAAACUUACCAUCGGUUUCGUCGAAAUAUGUUAGUUUUAGGUUUGUGCAUAAAAGUUUUUGACAACGCAUCUAUGUAAUAUGAUUUAUAUUUGUGCAGAAAGGAUGAAGAAGAUGAAGGAAGAAGCAACAGACGUAGAAGAAACAUUUGUAUACUCUUCACAGCUAUUCUGGUCUUGGCUAUUGUAGCAGCAGUUGGCGCUGUAUACAUAAUGUUCAUUCGUAAUAGUAAUGCAGCAGCAUCGAUAACAACAACAACAACAACAACAACAACAGGCAAGCAGUACAUAAAAACAACAUGACUCUAUCAUGAAUAGUGAUUGUGUGCAUUCUAUUUUCAAAUGAAGUUCCUCUAGAAGUAGAUUUAACCUAAUUAUAGACUUGAUGUAUGAUUAAAAUGCAUCGAGAUCGUCAGAGUUAAAAAGUUGUGGUUCCUUGAAUAAUGACCAUAGAAAGUCAAAAUAGGCAAUAUAUUUGAAUAAAAACAUUACAGACUCUAUACGUCACAUCUAAUGAUUAUUAUCAUUUGACUUAAAAAUCACUGAAUAAGAUAUUUAGUGCAUAACCCAUGUAAUAUAUUAGUUUGAGCGUCGAAAAUCAACUAUGGAAAAACAAAUUUUGAGCAGAGACGUAGGUGUAAGUAUUCGACGAGAAAGCCACAUGUUCUAAAGAAUGCCUAUGCGCCAUUAAACAAGCUUGUUCGGAAAAUUCAUCAGAUCAUUGUGGCGUUAUAUGCGGAGAGCGUCGAAAUUCCAUCCGGGAGUGUACCGCUCCCGUUCGAGCAUAAUCUAUAAAUGAUGUUUGGUCUUAUGCCACCAUUUCUUCUCAUCUUAUCUACUACCUUUAUCUUUCAGUCAUUGAUAUUUCUCUUUAUCCCUUAUUCUCCGUCGUUCUCUCAAAUUAUUGAGUAUUUAAGCGUGUGCUUUAUAUGUAAUCGGCGCGAUUGAAGAUUUCAAGAAUCGAAUAAAGUGUAAUGCCAUCAACACUAACUUUCCUUAUAUCAGAAAUUGUCACAGUCAUUUCACAGUUUGAAAUAUUAUGAGGAAACACUAAAGUAGCUGAUUAGACGUGUCAAAAUUAAGACUGUUAGUUUCUAUUACAAUUUUUUGGAAGCUAAAGCAAAGUUUUGCGGCAAGGCAGUGGCAGACUUUUAUAAGCGUGCCAUUGUUUCCACUCAGAUAAAAAGGAAUUUCAAAAUGUAUAACGUUCCUUGAGUGUGGGUGCCAAAAGACCGGGAAAUCUUCGCACCCCUAACCGAAAUAUGCUCCGAGAGAAGAAGUCAAAAUAAGCGCUAAAUGCUGGUAACUAUGAACCAUGACACGAGUCUUACAUGUAGAUCUGACAGUAUACAAUUAGUCUUCGGUAUCAAUAGCAUUUCAAAAAUUUCACUAAUCAUAUUUUUGCUUUCGGGCUUAUUCAGAUUUUUCAAACGUUUAUUAUAUUCGCAUUCCUGUUGCCAUAGAAUACAGAAAUCGCGCGUAGCUUAUUUUAACAAUAAUGCCUUCAGUAUGAACCUCAGAAUCUUUAUUCACUUACCAGCAUGGGCUGUCAUCCAAUCAUUUCGUUAUACCUACGCAGAUAAGUAAGACUUGACAUUUUUAUCAUAGUAAUCCCAUUAAUUCAAAUAUUAUCUAUGAAAAGUAACCAUAACUAUUUUAGAAACCACAACCACUACACAGACAACUACUACUGCAAGCACAAGCACUAGCACACGUACAACAAGUACCACCGGUACAACUAGUACUACUAGUACUACUAGUACCACGAGUACAACCAGCACUACAAGCACAAGUAGUACUACGAGUACUACCAGUACAACAACUACAACCAGUACUACAAGCACAAGUAGUACUACGAGUACUACCAGUACAACAACUACAACCCGUACUACCAGUACAACAACUACAACCCGUACUACCAGUACAACAACUACAACCCGUACUACCAGUACAACAACUACAACAAGUAAGUGCAACAACUACAGCGUUGAGCCCUCAAUCAUGUACUGCUGGAAGUCCAACGAUGUUACUCAAUUUAUACAAUCCUGGCUCGUUUUCAUAUACAUACUACAGUUACUCGUAUACACCAACAACGCAGCAAGCAACAAUCAUGUUUGAACUACAACAAGAUCCAAGUAGUAUUUAUAUUGAUGCUGUGUCAGUUGUCAAUGCGUCUAGUCAACAACUGCUUACAAAUGGCGGUUUCGAAACUGGCAGCCUUUCACCCUGGCAACAUGGCACUAUAAGUGGUGGCAGUGUUGGAAGCACAGACUCAGGCCCACAUUGUGUCGCUGUUGGCGAUUUCAAUAACGAUAGUCGAGUGGAUAUUGCUGUUGUUAACCAUUAUAACAAUUUUAUCGGUAUAUUCGAAGAAUUUGGCUAUGGAACAUUCGGAAACGAAAUGAUCUACCCCACUGAGUCUGGCUCUUUGUCACGUUCCCUGGUUGUAGCUGAUUUCAAUGAUGACAAAUUACUCGAUCUAGCCGUCGCUAAUAGUGGCGCUUCCAGUGCAGGUGUAUUUUUUGGAUAUUGCUGUGAUCCUUUUCGAAACCAAUCGACAUAUGAUACUGGGAAUAAUUCUCAUCCUAGCUCUGUUGCUGUUGGUGAUCCAAACAACGAUAAUCAAUCCGAUAUUGUUGUCGCUAAUUAUGGUACAAACAAUAUUGUAGAUCUUGGUGAAUUCAAUGGUGAUAGAUGGUUGGAUAUUGCUGUUGCUAUUCAUGGUACGAACUAUACUGCUGUAUUACUUGAAUCUGGUGAUGGGAGUUUUGCAAAACAAACAUUCCAUUGGAUUGGCAAUAUCGCUCUAACGCCGGCAGCGGUUGUGGGUGAUUUUAACAGUGAUAAACAAUUGAAUAUUAUCCUCAGCAAUGACGCGUCUAAUAAUAUAGGUAUACUGUAUGGAUAUGGUAAUGGAACAUUUGAAACAUUGAAUUUAUGUUCUAUUGGCUACAAUUCUAGACCAUACUCACUUGGAAUGAGCGAUCUGAAUAGUGACACUCAACUAGACAUUGUCAUUGCAAAUCGUCUUAAGAACAAUAUUUAA